UUCGGCCACGUCCCUGGCCACGUCGCGCUCGCUUUCGCCAUCUUCGCAGCUUCCUGUCUGUGGCCGCCGCCGCCGCUGCCUGAGCCGCGGAGCCUGGGGCCGCCGCGCAGACCGCCGCCGCCAUGAACAUCUUCCGGCUGACCGGGGACCUGUCCCACCUGGCGGCCAUCGUCAUUCUGCUGUUGAAGAUCUGGAAGACGCGCUCCUGCGCCGGUAUUUCUGGGAAAAGCCAGCUUCUCUUUGCACUGGUCUUCACAACUCGUUACCUGGAUCUUUUUACUUCAUUUAUUUCAUUAUAUAAUACGUCUAUGAAGCUUAUCUACAUUGCCUGCUCCUAUGCCACAGUGUACCUGAUCUACAUGAAAUUUAAGGCAACCUACGAUGGAAAUCAUGAUACUUUCCGAGUGGAGUUUCUGGUGGUCCCUGUGGGAGGCCUCUCGUUUCUAGUCAAUCAUGACUUCUCUCCUCUUGAGAUUUUGUGGACCUUCUCCAUUUACCUUGAGUCAGUGGCUAUCCUACCACAGCUCUUCAUGAUCAGCAAGACCGGGGAGGCCGAGACCAUCACCACCCACUACCUGUUCUUCCUGGGCCUCUACCGUGCUUUGUAUCUUGUCAACUGGAUCUGGCGCUUCUACUUUGAGGGCUUCUUUGACCUCAUCGCUGUGGUGGCCGGCGUUGUCCAGACCAUCCUGUACUGCGACUUCUUCUACUUGUACAUUACAAAAGUACUCAAGGGAAAGAAGCUCAGUCUGCCAGCGUAAGUGCCAAAGACCAUGACCAGCAUCUGUCCUUCAGGGUGCUCGGACAGAAUUCUUACCACAGCAAAGGCACAAGAUGCUUCAUAUGGAAAAUCAGAAACUUAACUCUUUUGUUGCAGAUAGUCAUCUAUGGCUCUGUAAGAACCCAGAGGGAAAGAACCAGAAGGUUUCUGUUCAGUGCAUCUUGCCUUAUCUUUUUUUAUUACUAUGUACAAAGAUUUUUUUACACAAAGAAACUUAAUGCUGUAUUAAUAAAGUCAGUGUGUAGCUUCAAUUGG